AUGCCUGUCCAAGUUGAGGUUCCCCCAACCACCUACGAAAGACUUCAGCAAUACAAGGAGAAGUUCUCCGAUGCUCUCCGUCACCCAGACUCUCCAGACUGGUACAAAAAGGAGACACACGAAAGUGUGAAGAAGGAUCUUCUCUGGGCAGCUCCUUAUGACGCUAGAUUCCCACAAGUCCGUAAGCAACGUCAAUGCUUCGCCUAUUACGUUGACUUCCAUCGCUGUAAUGAGUUGAUGGGACAGGACUACAAGCCAUGCAAGUUCUUCCAGAACGUUUACAAGGACUUCUGCCCUGGAUUCUGGACUGAGAGAUGGGACGAGCUUCUUGCCGAGGGACGUUUCCCGGCUAAAUUCGACCGCUAA